AAUAAUUUGUUUUAUCUUCUCCGAGAGAGAGAGAGAGAGAGGGAGGGAGAUUCACGAGAGAGAGAGAGAGAGAUGAGGGCAGCUAAAUUUAAUGUUUGCUUGGUGAUCUUGACUCUGAGCUUCUUCUAUGGAGGAGAUUUGAGAUGUGAAGCCCAAAGCUUGCCCCAAGAAGAGAUUGAUGCCCUCAAGCAGAUCGGGGCAAAGUUGAAGAUGCAAUGGAACUUCUCAGUGGAUCCUUGCAGCGGCAGUGGAGGAUGGGUAAAGACAUUUGAUUCUUCCUACCUAGCAAACAAUCUCACUUGUGACUGCAACAAUGCCACAAACAUUUGUCAUGUAACUAGCAUUCAACUCAGGGGUCUGAACCUAACAGGCGUGCUGCCAGUUGCGUUUGCUAAUCUCAAACACCUAACGUUUCUAGACCUCACUCGAAACUAUCUAAGUGGAUCAAUUCCAGCAGAAUGGGCUUCCCUUCCUCUCACCAACAUUUCACUAUUGGGAAACCGAGUUUCUGGAAAGAUUCCUGACGAGCUAGGAAACAUGUCUACUCUUCAGUCACUGGUGCUGGAUGCUAACAAGCUUGAAGGCCCAAUUCCUGCAACCAUUGGUAAACUUACCAAGUUAUCUCGAUUGUUUCUUGCUUCAAAUAAUUUCUCUGGAGAACUGCCAGAGUCGCUUGGCAAUCUCAAGAAUAUGUCUUUCUUUUUAAUAGAUGGCAACCCAAUCUCUGGAAAAAUUCCCAGCUUCAUUGGCAACUGGACGCAGCUCCAGCGGCUAGAUAUGCGAGGAACUUCUUUGGAAGGACCAUUUCCUCCCACCUUCGCCAAUUUGACCUCUCUUUCUCAGCUGAGGGUGACCGAUAUUAGAGGCAUCACAGAAUUCCCUCCUCUUCAGAAUAUGAAAAGCAUGAAUCAACUGGUCUUGAGAAAUUUAUCAAUAUCUGGUCAGCUACCUGAUUACAUUGGAGAUAUGACAAAUCUCUUUCUGCUAGACCUGAGUUUCAACAAUCUGAGUGGAGAUAUUCCGGGAAGUUUUUCCGGGCUGCGAAGUUCAAUUAAUUAUAUGUUUCUCUCAAAUAACAUGCUUAAUGGAACAAUACCCAGUUGGAUCUUGAGUAGCAGUAAGAACUUGGACAUAUCUUAUAACAAUUUCACAGGUUCUCCUGCACCAUCCAGUUGCCAACAAGGGAAUGUGGAUCUGGCCUCCAGUUAUUCAUCCACAAGCGGCAAUUUGAUAGAGACAUGUUUACAGAGAAAUUUUCCUUGUUCAGGAAAGCCAAGAAACUACAACUUGUUCAUAAAUUGUGGUGGUCGCAUGGUGACCAUCGAAGGAAAUGACUAUGAAGAUGACUCAUCUCCAAGUGGAGCAUCAAGAUAUUACUCUGAUAAUAGUAAAUGGGCUUCAACGAGUACAGGAUAUUUUUCCGACAAUACCAAUGCUAAUUACAUUGCUACAAACACAUCAAUGUUGAAUAUGUCCAACCCAGAACUGUAUACAACAGCUCGGCUCGCUCCUGCCUCUCUCAGAUAUUUUGGUCUCUGCUUACAGAAGGGAAACUAUAAUGUGAGUCUCCACUUUGCUGAAAUAGUGUUCACAAAUGAUCAAACAUUUUCCAGCAAUGGCAGGCGAAUAUUUGACGUAUCAAUCCAGGGCCGAAAGGUUUUGCAAGACUUUAAUAUAGCAAAAGAAGCUAAUGGGACCGGUAAAAAUAUUAUUAAGUCCUUUAAUACUGAUGUUGAUCAUACUUUGGAGAUUUCCUUUUACUGGGCUGGGAAAGGGACCAACUCUAUUCCUCAGAGAGGUGUAUAUGGACCUCUUGUAUCAGCCAUUUCAGUUAUUCCAAAUUUCAAGCCAGAUACAGGUAACGGAUUAUCAGUUGGGGCUAUCGUGAGCAUUGUUGCUGGUGCUUGUGCACUGAUCAUGUUGAUAGCUGUCAUGCUUUUGGUUUUCUUGAGAAGGAAAAGAGCUAAAAAUAGUGAACUUGAAGGUCUAGAGUUGCACACAAGUAUAUUCAGUUUGAAGCAGAUCAAAGCUUCCACCAACAAUUUUGAUCCUGCAAAUAAAAUAGGUGAAGGAGGGUUUGGUCCAGUUUACAAGGGUGUUUUGCCAGAUGGUUCAGAAAUAGCAGUCAAGCAACUAUCUUCUAAGUCUAAGCAAGGGAACCGUGAAUUUAUAACUGAGAUUGGCAUGAUAUCUGCAUUACAACACCCGAAUUUGGUGAAACUUCAUGGAUGUGGGAUGGAAGGAAACCAGUUACUGCUAGUAUAUGAAUAUAUGGAAAAUAAUAGCCUUGCUCGUGCUUUAUUUGGUCCUGAAAAAGCUCGAUUGAAACUGGACUGGAAAACAAGGUAUAAGAUUUGUCUUGGCAUAGCAAAGGGUCUGGCAUAUUUACAUGAAGAGUCCAGGUUGAAGAUUGUUCACCGAGACAUUAAGGCAACUAACAUUCUGCUUGAUAAAGAUCUCAACGCGAAGAUCUCUGAUUUUGGUUUGGCUAAACUUGAUGAAGAAGAAAACACCCACAUCAGCACUAGGAUAGCAGGAACUAUCGGAUAUAUGGCUCCAGAAUAUGCAAUGAGGGGAUACUUGACAGACAAAGCAGAUGUUUAUAGCUUUGGGGUUGUUACGCUGGAGAUUGUUAGUGGAACAAGCAAUACAGGCUAUAGGCCUAAGGAGGACUUUACUUAUCUUCUUGAUUGGCUCUAUGUUUUACAAGAGCAAGGGAGAUUGUUGGAGCUUGUGGACCCAAACCUGGGUUCAAACUACUCAAAUGAAGAGGCAAUGCAGAUGUUGAACGUGUGUCUCUUAUGCACCAAUCCAUCCCCAACUCUUAGACCUCUAAUGUCCGAAGUAGUGACCAUUCUUGAAGGCAAAAGAUCAGUGAAGGCGCCCUCUAUGAAGCCUGCAGCCUUGAAUGGAGACGAUUUGAGGUAUAAAUCAUUAAGGAAACAAUCUCAUGACAGCCAAACACAAAGUAUCUCAGAUUUGCCAUGGACUGACUCCUCCAUAUCAGCCCAAAGUACAGAAGGAGAUAUUUUGCAUUCCUCAUCAAGUAAGGUUCUUGAUUACAGGGGAGCGUCUACAAGUUGAAGGGGCGACGGCCAACACCAGUAGUUAGAUGUGACCACGGAGAGAGAUCAAUUGUUCAAUUUUAUCUACAGUUCCGAUGUAAUUUAUUAGCUCUUUGUAUUAAGGAAUAUUUUGUAAAUUCUUUCCUCUUAACCCUUCGUGUGCAUUCUGCGUGGCUAGUAUGCUUCCAUCUUUUCGGAAGCAAGCAAGUGUUGUAAUAUAUAUAUAUUUUUUAUUAUAAAUAGAGGUGGUAUUCCUUA